UCUUUGAGGCUGCGUGGAAUAUGACGUCCCAUCAGAGCUUCCAGAGAAGGUCCUCAGAUGGUUCCUUACAGGCUUCCACAUCAGUUCUGACUCAUACUAACCAGACUUCCAACGACCUCUCAGCUCCAGACAUAGGUCUUCUAGAGGAAGCAAAGAGGCUGUUCUCAGCCAUCGAUGAGAUGGUGGACUCUGGCCUCUCUAGUCUGACCAGAACCACUGACAUUGAGGAGGAUCUGUAUACGGCCGGGGAACCCAUUGCCCCCAGCACCGACCAGGGCCCAGACAGAGACAGCAAUGACAUGGAGGAGCAGGCUACAGAUCUGCUAGUGGAGGGAGGGGGUAAUGAUGAUGAGGGUGCUCUUGCUCCUCUGGUUGCCCAGGACGGAGGGCUGUCCUGGGCCACGCAACUCUCCUCUACCCUGGACGAGGAGGCCCAGAUGUCCCUGGCCAUCCAGUACUCCAUGGAAACCACAAAGAGGUCCCUGACCGAGGAGGAGGAGCUGCAGAAGGUUCUGGAGCUGUCCAAGAAGAUAAGGAAGAUGACUCGGCAUGAUGGUGACGAUGGUGCCAUGGCUACCUCUUCCCUCCCUGCUGCUGGCUCACACCUCGAUCAGUGUGUCCAGGUGUCUCUGCAGGAGGCCAUCCAGUCAGCCAACACGGCAACACUCUUUGUGUUCGCUGGCUACAGUUGUGACCUGAUCAGAGUGGACAUUGCCCUGAACAAGAAGGUCACCCUGAGAAAGCAUGAGGAGAAGCUAGAGCACCGCAGCCUGAGGAGCCUGUCUCAGUACCACAGGAGGUGUCUGGACCUCAUCAAGAGGAAACAUGCCGUGGAGGUCACCAUCCAGGGAACCACGGCAACCAUCUCCGGGUUCAAAGACUGUUACCGGGGCGAUGCCGGACAUGAAGCUCCUGCUGAGGAGGAUAUCCACAACGACGUCAGACGCUGACAUCCUGCGGACGGUGCAAUGGCUGUGGCACGACCCAGCGUCGUCAGGGACGAAGACCGCGUACGCUCCGGAGCCGACAGUGUUUAU